GGCCGUUCUCUUCUCCAAAACCUCCAUCCUCCCACCCCGCCGAUUUCCUGAACUCGGACUUAUAUCCCGCCCCCUCGAGCUCGUCAAGCUGACAGGUGAUUCAUCGAUCCCUGGUCGAGGCCGCGCGGCUCCUUGGCAUAUCUUCUAGGGUUUAUACGUACUACUCAAAAUUUGCUAAGGCUUUUUAUCGACAUAGAAAUGAUGGGCCCUCAGAACCAGUCUACGUCAUUGCAACGCCUUAAUCAUGCCGAGAAGAGGAUUGUUCGUGUGCUUGAGCUCGCUGGAUUGGUGAUGGAUGAGCUUGCUAAUUCGACCGGCCCCAGGACUGAAGUGCUCGCUGGUCAUUGCCGAGAGUUCAUGAAAUCCAUUAAGGUGUUCGUGAGCUCAAGGAGUUGGGCUCGUUUCGGCAUAUUGGUCUUGCACUACAUGUUAUAA